AUGUUAAUUAAUAAUAUAGUAUUAGAGCGUAAAAAGAAGCCUACUAGGAAUACAUUCAACGAUGGAGGACCGAACGCCAUUAUUCGGUUCCCAAAACCGGGACACACAGCUGUAGCUCUCAUGGACGAAAAGGUCACGAACGAGGUCCAGUUCAUGAAAUACCUCAGCAAGAACACUACCAUUCCCCUCCCUCGUGUGACCAGCUGGGGUCUAACUGAGGAGAGCCCACAUUACUUAGGGCCGUUCAUCAUUAUGGAUUAUGUCGACGGGACGCGGUUGUCGACUAUCCUGAAGCAACCGACUAAACAUGACCAAGAAGACGUGGUUCUAAGCCCGGAUAUCGAUAACACAACAUUAGACAUUGUCUAUGAUCAAAUCGCCAAUUAUAUGGUUCAACUUUCUGAGCUUGAUUUCACCGGCAUUGGAGCUAUCUCAGAAGACCCCGCUUCAAAUACAUGGUCUGUUACUGGAAGGCCCCUCACCUACAACAUGAACGAGUUGGCUACUGUCUCAGGCUACCCCAUCGACAAAUUUCCUACGGCGGCAUUUUCAUCUGUAAACGAAUACUGCCAGAAUCUUGUGAACAAACAUUUGAUCCACCUUCGGACCCAGCGCAACCUUGCUGAUGACCCGGAAGAUGCUGAGAGGCGGUUCAUCGCCCGUCAUCGAUUCAAGCAGCUCAUCCCACAAUACUGCAUCGAAGACCCCGGUCCGUUCAAACCCUUCUGUGACGAUUUGCAACCUUCGACCAUGCUCGCAGACCCGAAAACCCUCCAGAUUACCGCCGUGCUGGAUUUCGAGUUUACGAAUGCCAUGCCGGCCCAGUUCGCAUACGACCCGCCUUGGUGGCUGUUGCUGCUAGGGCCAGACAUGUGGCUUGAACGCCGCACUAUGGAAGAAUUCUUGGCCUGUUACGAGCCCAGAUUGGAGCAGUUCUUGCGAGCGGUGGAACGACCCACGGGGCCACAUCUUUCUACCAAGAUGCGUGACUCGUGGAGGACUGGACGUUUCUGGUUCGAUUAUGGAAUAAGGAAGAGUUUUGAUAUCGACGCAGUAUAUUGGGCUGCACUACAUGAUGGCAGUAUUGGUGUUGACUCCCUUGACGAUGAAGCGCGGGCAGAAAUGGAGUCAUUAAAACAGAUGAAGAUGGAGCAGUUGAAGGCAUAUAAAGAGGAGUGCUCUGUGCGUUUCCGAAGUCCCAGCCCCUGAAUAUUUGACGGCACAGCUCGAGUUUUGGUCUCUAAUCUAUCGGCAUCAUUUACACAUUAACUCUUUUGCCGUCGUCGAUUCUCUUCGUUAUACCAGCAUAACGCCG